UCUGGCUUUAAUUUUAGGACGUAGAGUUUGAGAACAAGAAUCAAGGCCUCAAGCACCUAAACUUCGUCCGGGUAGCUGCCAUCCACGCGUUGGUUUGCGUCUCGAAUCUCUACGACUACUUCUAACGAAGCUCCGGUCCGCUGAGAUCCGCCGUUGACAACGUCGAGAGUGCCGUCACCACCGUCGUCGGUCCCCUUUACCAGAAAUUCAAGGACGUUCCUGAUCAUCUUCUUGGUUUUCUUGAUAACAAGGUAGAUGAAGCUUCACACAUGUUUGAUGUGCAUGUUCCAGCAUCAGCCAAGCAAGUGGUUAGCCAAGUCCACGACUUGGUUCAGAAGGCGACCCAAAAGGCUCAGAAACUAGUAGACGAGGCUCGAACCAAUGGUCCACGAGGAGCUUUGCACUACGCUGCAGCCGAGUACAAGAACUUUGUGGUGGUUAACUCAAUGAAGCUGUGGGUUAUACUGAAUCGCAAUUCAACUUUCAAUUCGGUGACAGAAAGAGUUGUUCCCAAGGAAGCUGAAUUGUCGAAGAAAUACAACGGUUUGGUGAAGGAGAUGAGUGGGAAAGGAUAUCCUGUGUUUGGGUAUCUGCCAUUGAUUCCAGCUGAUGAGUUUGGUAAGGUUGUUAAGAAAGUUAAGCCAGACAAGUAGAUGAUUCGA